AUGGGCGCCAACGAAGAAGCGUACAACUCGAUGAUUACCAAGGCUUCUAUCACAAACGCUGCGAAUGCUCUAAAUACACCACCUGUUGCGACGCCACCCCGCAUUUCGACCCCUCCACUGGGAGGCACCGAGAGGAGGAAGUCAGAUAAGAGAGCACUUGAAGCCACGAGCGUGAGGGGGGAGGCGGAAAGGGCGAGUGGGUCGACUUUUGCUGAAGCGCUUGAUCCCAAUGCGUUAAGUAAAGCGUUAUUGAAGGAAUUCGAGGAUGGUGGCCGACCUCGAGAAACGACACCCGGUGGUAGCCCAAGUAGGAAGCGCCAGCGGGUGUAUGGUGAUAGAUUCAUCCCAAAUCGAGAAGGUCAGGAUCUACAGGCUAGUUUCAGUCUGCUUCACGACGACAGUUCACCAGCGACUCCAUCAAAACAGAAAAAACGCACACCACAUGGGGAAUUACAUUUUCAAAGAUCGGAAACGGCGAACCGAACAUUUUCGACAUUACUUCGAUCCGAAUUAUUUGAUACCACAAUACCCCAACCCACUCCACCAAAUCUCUCACCUGAUACGAAUUUACUCCCUAAUAACUCAACUACGAGCCAUGAUCCCACAAGAUCGCGGACACCUCCUAAUAACGGGCCUGCUUCUUCACUACCCGUCUCUCUCACACCUUCUACUCCCCAUAAGAAUCUCUUCACAUAUAUGUCCCCACGCCAUCACACUAAUAUUGCCGGCCAUCCUACACCUUCGAGAACUCCCCAGAGCAGACAUGGACCCAAUCUCAAUGCGCGAUCAGAAAUGUAUAGUUUAUCACCUGUUAGAUUUGGAAGUCAGCAGAUGCUUCUGAGUCCACGGAAACAACCACGGACAGUUAGCAAAGUGCCAUACAAAGUGCUUGAUGCACCGGAUUUGGCAGAUGAUUUUUAUUUAAAUCUGGUGGAUUGGGGGAGUAGUAAUAUACUUGGAGUUGGCCUUGGAAGUUGUGUGUACAUGUGGAAUUCGCAAACAGGUAAAGUUAACAAGCUUUGCGAAUUGCAAGACGAUACUGUGACGAGUGUCUCGUGGAUACAACGAGGAUCACAUAUCGCUAUUGGAACAGGAAAGGGGUUGGUACAGAUUUGGGACGCUGAAAGAGUACGAAGGCUACGAACGAUGACUGGACAUAGCGCCAGAGUUGGUUCUCUCGCUUGGAACGACCACAUUCUCACGUCGGGUUCUCGAGAUCGAUUAAUAUACCAUCGCGAUGUCCGUGCACCAGAUCAAUGGACACGGAGACUAGUCGGCCACAAGCAGGAAGUUUGUGGAUUGCGGUGGAAUUGUGAGGAUGGUCAACUUGCAUCUGGUGGAAACGACAAUAAGUUAUUAGUUUGGGAUAAGCUUUCCGACACACCAUUGUGGAAAUUCAGCGACCACACAGCCGCUGUAAAAGCGAUAGCUUGGUCGCCGCAUCAGAGAGGUCUGUUAGCAUCUGGAGGAGGUACUGCCGAUCGUCGAAUCAUCUUUCACGACACAUUACGAGGCACAACCAUAAACGAGAUCGACACUGGCUCGCAAGUCUGCAAUCUCGCCUGGUCGAAAAACUCAAACGAAAUUGUUUCCACUCACGGAUACUCCCAAAAUCAAAUCGUCGUCUGGAAAUACCCAAGCAUGACCCAAGUCGUGUCCCUAACAGGCCAUACCUACAGAGUUCUAUACCUCUCCAUGAGCGCGGACGGUCGAACCAUCGUCACGGGCGCAGGCGACGAAACCCUAAGAUUCUGGAACGUCUUUGGCCGGAAACCGGGACAGCGAGAAGAUGGCGACCCAGGCGGUGGUGGAAAACUAGGUGAUUGGGGUGUAAUUAGAUGA